GCGCGGGCGCGGGCCCGGCCGGCGCCGCCCACUGCGCGCGCGUCAUGGCCGCCCUCGCGCGGCUGCGGCGCGCCGCCGUGCUCACUGACGUCACGCUGCACGCGCGCGCCGAAUGCGCGGGGGGCGCGGAGGGCACGGAGGGGACAGGGGGCGCGGAGGGGACGGAGGGCGCGGAGGGGACAGGGGGCGCGGCCGCAGACGGGCCGGGGCUGCCGGCGCACCGCGCGGUGCUAGCGGCGGCCUCGCCGUACUUCCACGCCAUGUUCACACAGUUCGACGAGAGCACGCAGCCCUCUGUUACCAUUCAGAAUGUGGAGCCGCAGGCACUGGAAGCCAUCAUCGAGUACAUCUACUGCCCGGACUCUCUCGUCGUCACCGAGGACAACGUGCAGAGCCUGCUGGCGGGCGCGUCGCUGCUGCAGGUGGGCGGCGUGCGCGGCGCCGCCUGCGCCUUCCUGGCCGCCGCGCUCUGCGCAGACAACGCGCUCGGCAUCCGCGCCUUCGCGGACCUGCACGCCUGCGCCGACCUGCGCCACGCCGCCGCGCGCUACGUCGAGGACCACUUCGUCGACGUGCUGCAGUCCGACGAGUUCCUGGCGCUGGCGCCCGACACGCUGGCGGCGCUGCUGGCCAGCGACCGCGUGGCCGUGCCGGGCGAGGAGGUGGUGCUGGACGCCGCCGUGCGCUGGGUGCAGCACGUAGCAGUACGGGGGGGGGGUCGUCACGGGCCCGCGCAGGCGCAGUCCGCGCGAGUGCCUGCGGCUAACGGCACGCGCCGCCGCUACUACUAG